GUAAAAUAAUUAAAGUCAGGGUAAAUACCCUGUUUACUUUCUUUUCCUGUCUAUGGAGGUCGUGAAAUUUUAGCUUUCUUAGUUAUCUAAACUCCAAAAAAGUAUUGUCUCUAUGCUGAUGUUUACUUAAUGCUAAACUCAAUCCAGGAAGUCAGCUACUAAAGAGUAGUUACAUUAGGCACACAUUUAUAAACCAUCUGCUGCAAGUGACCCAGGACUCAAUUACAACAUCAACCCUCACAUUUCAUCCAACAGUCAAAUUACCAGUCUAGUCGAGAAUAAGUUCAUUUUGCCCUACUGGCGCUUCAUAUCGGGUUGCACAAUCCCAGAGGGUUGAACUGUCUUAGCCUAGCCCUAGAGCAUCAGGUCGUAAGUGGAGUGCGAAGUUACGGGCAGGACAUUUUUAAACUGGAGGCAAACUCCAGCGUCGCCUGCACAAACGUAACCAGCCUAUGCUACCGAAUUUUGGUGUUUAACACAUCACUUGAGAUCAGAGUGAAAUAAGUUUCAGUCCCUUUGAGAUCUCUGAGCACACAAUGUGUUAUUCCAAGGGGCUGAAGAGUGCGAACCUAGCUGGGAAAAAAAACUAUUUGGUGCGGAAAUUCGAGUCUUUUCCGCCCACCAUUGGGGGCCGCAGCGAUCGAGUCCGGCGCGAUGCCCUGGCGUGAGUUUGGGGGCGCAACGGGACCCGGAGGGGGCGGCGAGCGCGCGUUCCCCCGCCCGCUCGGGCGGCGUCGAGGCGCGAGCAGCUCAGCCAGCCUUGCAGAGGGAGCUCUCGGCAGUUCAGGGGUCCCUCUGCUCGCAGCCACAGCAGCGCCGCCUGCGCCACUCGGCGGCGACGGAGACCAGCGGCGGUGAUGAUCGGACUCGGAGGAACUAGAGAGCACCCCAGCUGCUGGAGAAGCACUCGGCGGCCGGCUUUGAAUGCAUGAGAAAAGAAGAGCGAGAAACAAGAAGAAAAGAUAAGGUUGGAAGAGGGCAAGAGGAAAGGAGAGGAAUGGAAGGAAACUCCUGCAGCCACCAACACAAUAAAUUGUGUCCUGAGCCACCUCAGCCUGGCCCUUUUUUGCCGUUUCCUCUGCAGUGCUCUGAAGACGAUGAAUAAGACAUGACUGUGACCUAGGUGGUCUUAAAUGAUGAACCCAUCAGCAUGUUACAGGCCUUGGCAGCCCAUUUCCAUUUGCCCUCUCUAGGUGCACACUUUCCUUGCUGACACCUGUGACUCUUGAUAACAUCACCAACCUCCCACCACCUGGGACAGCAGGCUCCCAACUGUCCUGAAAGAACAAAUGUCUCCCCAGCCUGCAGGACAGCAGGGUAGGAAGUAAAAGCGGUGCCCCAUGUGUGCCUCCCACUGUUGACAGAAGGAGACCUACUGUCAGGCUAGGAGACCAAGCCAGCCUGACUUGAGUCAGGCUGUGAACUGAGAGGAGAGGGCAAGUGGUUGUCGCGUGGUUGAUGCACACUGCUUCAAGCCCAGAAGUCUUGAAGGGCCAAGGCCUGAGUGUCCUUUCCUGACCUUGACAGCCCUUCACCAGGCUCUGCUCUGAUUCUAGCUCCUCUCCACUCUGCCCUCACUCUUCCUCAGCUAGGACAGACGCCUAGGCUCUGGCCCUAGUACCCUCCUUGUAGAAGACAGAGGGGUCUUGUUCCUUCUGUUUUGGAGAACAGGGAUGGAUAUAGUCAGUGACGGACUGGAAUAAUGGCAUCUUCCCACCCUGUAUUUCUUGUCGGGCACUGUCCGUGGUUUGUGCUCUGAAGGUGUUCUGGCCCAGUCACUGCCUUCACUUUCCUACUCCCUGCUCAGCCAAGGUUCAACUCCACUCUCUUCCCACCACUCACAACAAUCCUGCCUACAGGGAGUCUACUGGUGGUUCUGGGACUGCCUCCAAACUGUGACCGGUUAUAGGCGAUGGUGUGGUCUGUCACCUGAUUGUUUUAUCUACUCCAUUUUACCCCAGCUGACCAACCAAAAAGCUGAACUGCCCUAUCCUGCCCAGCUAUGCCAGUGUUUAAGGGCUGUCUAUGUGCGCCUCACCCCACCCCCACCAGACUAUCGCAAACUGCCGGUAUCCACUCACAGGUGUUUCCUGUUGCCGUUUCUUUUGCUCAGCAUGACCUCCACAGCAGGUGCUGAAGGCCCAGCCAAAAACCUCUUCAUAGGCAGUUCUAAAACACUGGGGCCAUGCUGACGGUAAUGCUGCUGAGCUGUGUUAUGCUGCUGGCACUGCCUCCCACGCUGGGGAUCCAGAUGGGCUUGGCACCCCUGGAAGGCAUCAGAAGGCCUGGCCAGGCCCUGUUCCCAGAGUUCCCAGGUCUAAGUCUGAAUGGCCCAAAGAGGACAACUGCAGACCGAACAGAAGAGGCUCUGCUGCGGAAGGCAGAAGCUUUGGCGGAGGUGCUAGAUCCACAGAAUCGCGAGUCUCGUUCUCCGCGUCGCUGUGUAAGGCUGCACGAGUCCUGCCUGGGACAGCAAGUUCCUUGCUGCGACCCGUGCGCCACGUGCUACUGCCGCUUCUUCAAUGCCUUUUGCUACUGUCGCAAACUGGGUACUGCCACGAAUCUCUGCAGCCGCACCUAG